UCCGAGCUCCACGGUGAAAAAAAAAGUGAAAGUGAUAAAGCAACACAUUAAGAGGCUGUCCUCACAGAGCAUCAAGAUGGAGCCCUUGUGCCUCAGGGUCACCUUUUGGGCCUUGCUGGCUGGAUGUGUAAUCGGAGAUAAUCCCGAGAGCUACAGUGCAAAUCUAAGCACUCACUUGGAUGAUUUCACCCCUUUCCGAGGGACAGAGCUCAGCUUCCUGGCUACCACCCAGCGACCCACCAGCCUGGCCCUAACUAGCAACCGCUCCAUGCACAACUACUGCCCUCAGCAGAUUAAGAUCACUUCAGCCUUCAAAUACAUCAACACUGUGAUAUCUUGUACUAUUUUCAUCGUGGGAAUGGUGGGAAAUGCAACUCUGCUCAGGAUCAUUUACCAGAACAAGUGCAUGUGGAAUGGCCCCAACGCGCUGAUAGCCAGUCUCGCCCUGGGAGACCUCAUCUAUGUGGUCAUCGACCUCCCCAUCAAUGUAUUUAAGCUGCUGGCGGGACGCUGGCCUUUCGAUCAGAAUGACUUCGGCAUGUUCCUCUGCAAGUUGUUCCCCUUUUUGCAGAAGUCCUCAGUGGGGAUCACCGUCCUCAAUCUCUGCGCGCUUAGCGUCGACAGGUACAGAGCAGUAGCUUCCUGGAGUCGUGUUCAGGGGAUCGGGAUCCCCUUGAUCACUGCCAUCGAGAUCGUCUCCAUCUGGAUCCUGUCCUUCGUCCUGGCCAUCCCGGAGGCCAUCGGCUUCGUCAUGGUGCCCUUCGAAUACAGGGGUGUGCAGCACAAGACCUGUAUGCUCAAUGCCACAUCGAAAUUCAUGAAGUUCUACCAAGAUGUGAAGGACUGGUGGCUCUUCGGGUUCUACUUCUGCAUGCCCCUGGUGUGCACUGCCAUCUUCUACACCCUCAUGACUUGCGAGAUGCUCAACAGAAGGAAUGGCAGCCUGAGAAUCGCCCUCAGCGAGCUCCUUAAACAGCGUCGAGAAGUAGCAAAAACGGUUUUCUGCUUGGUUGUCAUUUUUGCUCUUUGCUGGUUCCCUCUACAUUUAAGCCGUAUUUUGAAGAAAACUGUGUAUGAUGAGAUGGACAAGAACCGAUGUGAAUUACUUAGUUUCCUGCUGCUCCUGGAUUACAUUAGCAUUAACCUGGCCACCAUGAAUUCGUGCAUAAACCCGAUAGCUCUGUAUUUUGUGAGCAAGAAGUUUAAAAACUGUUUCCAGGCAGCAUGCCCGGGAGAAAGAGCUCCGAGUUUCAAUUCCAGUUCUGCCUUCUGUUUCCAGUUGCUUCCAGCUCUGGGCCUCUCUGCCCUGGUUCCCAAGUCUUGCCUCUGCUGCUGCUGCUACCAGCCCAAAAGUCUGAUGACCUCGGUGCCCAUGAAUGGUACAAGCAUCCAGUGGAAGAACCACGAGCAGAACAACCACAACACAGAGCGGAGCAGUCACAAGGACAGCAUCAACUAGAGAGCCUCGGGGACCCAGAUCCAUCAUCCACCCAGUCCCGUCGGAGAAGAAGAUCACACAGCUACAGUGUCACCGGAGAAGUCUUCACGCAGCCUUCUCCCCCCGUCACCCGGUCUGACCCCAGGACAAAUGUUUUCCCAAAUGUUGGAGGGGCGACCGGGCACACCUGCGAUCCCGGGGACCUUCCUUCUUUGAUUUCUCUGGUUGCACACUCCACGUGUUCCCUUUAGCACUGAAAAAUGGUGGGACUCUCGGGAAGGAGACUGAUAAAUCGACAAAAGGGUAUUUAUAACUUUUGCAUGAAAACCACCUGUCAAGUGCAUGACCAGCUUUUCAAUCACAGACUGAGAUGAAGUCACCUUGAUUUGAAAUGCCACUCAGUGCCAAUGUUCUCAAAGUGCAAAGUGGCCUUUAAAUGAGUGAGGUUAUUUAUAUAUAUAUUUUGCAAACGAAAAAAGUGAAAAUGUAUUCAGACUAAUGUUUCUCAUGCCACUAUUUUACUUUUAAAACGUACAUUUUUAAGCUGCAACAAACACAAGCACUUAAAAGUUCAGAUUGAUAACCACAUCUGGCAGUUCAGUAGCUGCUCUGUAAAGAAUUUUCCAGAACCUGUACUUUCUUUUCUUCAUGUUACUUCAUGUUUUGAUGUUAAAUUUAAAAUUAAUGCUUGAACCAAACAGUUCUGUUUUUCACAGGCCCGGUCUUGUUAAUGUAACUUUUUAAUGUAAUAUUAAUAUCAUGUACCAAGAUUUAAAUUUAUGUAUCAUUUAAUUAUGCCCGAGACUUUGAGUCUCUGCAAUGCAUGGAAGUCUAAAGCACACCUAAGAGAAACAGAUUGAGUGAUGUUAGAAGAGUUGGAAAAAAUGCAGUUUUUUUAAUAGUGGUAACAGGUAUCUAUAUGCACAUGCAUAUUUCCCUGUAUGCAUGCACAGCUACAUAUUUGUGUAAACAUGUGUGUGUGGACUGUGGGCAUGUGUGUGCACAUAUAUUUUACACCUAUCACUGCAUCCUCUUGAUUUCUUUGUGAGUGUUAAUGAGCAAUAAGACUUUUUCAGUCAUUCCCUUUGCCAGAGAGGAAAUUUCAAAGUGGUGAGCUGAGUGUAUUUACCCCCCAAAUCAUGCCCCUAUGGAUUUAUGAUGCUUCAUUUCUCUGGGGUUCCAGUAUGAACACAGCCCCUCACCCACCCCUCACAUGGUCACCAUUUCAACGGGCCCACAAGUCUUGUUGGGCAUUUUCCAAGAUGUUUACAGACUGCGAGUAGAGCAGAAAAAGCUCUUUUACUGUGUAUAUAUAAAUAUAAACAAUUGUACAUUCUUUCUGCCAGUUUUCCUGUGCUGGUCCCUCUGGAAUGCAUCUGUGUGUAUGAUAUGUGUAUGUGUGUGCUGGUAUGUGUGGGCUUACGAUAAUCUAAAAAUAAUGCCUGUAGUUGUGCCAAAGCACACACUCUGAGUGGCAUCUAGGUGACUCUGUGGUUUUAAUCUUACUGUGUUUAAAAUGUGUGACUAUGUGACCUUCACAAAUGGAAUACGGGAGGCAGCAUGAAAGAAGACAGUCAUGGUUAAUGGUGGGGAUCACAGCUGGAUGAGUAAAGCAGUAUUGGGUUGUAAUUUUUUAUUUUCUAUAUAUUUUACAUCAUUCUUCAUUUUUAUACAAUGCAUGAUUUAUCAUCUCGUAUGGUUGGGUUGUAUUUUUUUGUCCUGUGCUGGAGCAGAAGUCAUAAAGGUUGAAGAAUUAUAUCGUCCCAGGGCUCAACUCAACAUGCUGAUGAAAUGAUCUAUUGGGCCAUAUUUUAGCACAGUCAAGUGAGCAAUGAUUUGAGGUCCAGUUGCCCUGAUUGUUGGGCUAAGAAAUACUGUUCCUUUCUGUGCUAGCAAUCACCUUUCAUUACUCCUCUGUGCCUCAUAUCUAGUGAUAAAUGCCUAUAAAAAAAAUGGUUCAAACCAUUUUGUUUAGACAAUUGUCUUUUUUUUUAAGGUGCUUUGUCUCUUGCAUAUGGAAAAAAAAUGUCUUUUUUAGGUUCAGGAAGUCAUAGAUUUCUGAAUAACCACACAGGCUUCAACGUGCAUUUUGUUUAUGGACCAGUAAAGUAGCCGUGUUUACCAGUAGGAAUGUUGCCAGUUUCUACCUUUAUCUUUUCAAGUCAUCUGUAGAAAUGAGCCAAAAGCCAAGACCCUGCAUUAGCAGUGGUCCAUAAGUAUAAAAUAAAAGUUUACAGAAGCCUUCAAACACCUCUUCAUUUGUACAGAGUUCUUCAGAAAAAAUGUUUGUUAUAAAAUGCUUAUUGCAGCAUAGCAGGAGUAUAAUGGACCAGGCGAGAAAA